UCCGGAUUUUCCCUCUUCCUUGCCCCUCUUUUCCAGACGGCCACACAAAUCUCUGGUUAUCCGGAAACUGUGACGGCGACACUAAAUCUGCUGCCAUGGCGCUCCGAUUCCCCACCCAGUUUCCUCUUUCUUCCUCCUCCUUUACGACCUCGCCGAAGCAGCUCUCAUUUCAACAGGUCAAACCCCAUCUUACUUUCACCCAAUCCACUUUCAGAACAACAAAACCUCGUCUGGCAAUCAAGGCCGCCGCCGCCGACGAUGACAGCUUAAAACCCACAAACGGGAAUGUCUCAGAGUCACAAACUGACAACAAUCAGCAAAAUACCCAACAAACUGGAGAAGAUCCUUCCAAAUUAGGAGAGGAGAUUCGAAAAGCCAUGAAUGAGAGAGAUAUCGCCGCCGCCGCCGCCACCGGAGGAGGAGCAGGAGACUUAUGGGGAGGAGUGGCGGAAGAGAUUAAAAAAAUAGAAUGGCCAGCAUUUGGCAAGGUGUUGGGAACGACCGGUGCUGUUAUAGGUGUCAUCGCUGGAUCAAGCUUGGUUUUGCUAACACUCAAUGCUAUCUUAGCUGAACUCUCAGACCGUGUUUUUACCGGAAAAGGUGUCCAGGAUUUCUUCAGCUGAUUGAAAUUGAAGAUCAUCAUCACCCAGAUGAACAAGAAGGGAUGAUGAAGAUGAUAAUGAUUAGAUAAAUUAUGAGUUUGUUAUGCUAGGCAUUUCAUUUGGCUACUAUGUUUAAGCUUUUGUUUGAACUUUUUGAAAGACUCAAAAAUGAUACAAAAAGUUAACCAAACUGAUUCCAAGUUCUCAU